AUAUGCUUGUUGGGCAGAUGGAUUAUUGUAAAUCACGCAGGCUAAUGAAACAAAUCAUCAAUUGGCACACGAUGUACUAUAUCGUAGACGACGCUAGCUACGUACAAAAUCCGAACUGCCGUCAUAUCCUAAUUAUACCGCCGAAAACAAACCCAACCAAAGCUACGAAAAAGCUCCAACAACGCCGAGGAAUAUGCUGAGGCAAAGUCAUGGCUGGAUAUACAGACGGCGCUGAGGAACAUACUUUCCUGGUACUAUAAAAACCGAAACGAAUCCAAUCAAGAAACCAAAUUUGUUCAAACCAUAACAACAUGAAGAAGAACUCUGUGCACGAGUUUGGCACAUUAGUCGUGGUCGUGCUAGCUAUCAUCACCACCGCCGGAGGAGCAGACGGCGUUGAGGAACAUACUUCGUUGUCGUUGCCGGGGCCAUACUGCAUCAUCGAGCGGGCUUCCGAUGACUACGAGGCACACAAAGCGCACGUGCUCGACGAGCUGGCCAACGUGACGCCGACGAUUCCAGGAUACAGCUACUCCACCACGUUUCCUCCGCCCGGUUCCGCGGCCGCUCAUGACGUCGUCCACGGCGCCGCCGAUUGCAUUCCGGGCGUCGGAGUUUCGGAAUGCGUUGGAUGUCUGAUCGGGGCUAAGCUUUCGCUGGGCAGCCAGAUCUGUGCUUACGACCUUUACGGGGUGGUGAAGCUUCCUCUCUGCAGCAUGAACUUCGUCCCCGUGGCAGCUGUUUAGUGGCUGGCUGGCUAGCUCCUGUUUUGUUAUGGGCAUGCAUGGAACCUGAAAUUGUGUACCUAACUCUAUAAUAAUGAAUAAUAGCGAGCACGUACGUUGUUCGCGCGGCUUGUGUGGUUCACUUUCUUUUUUGUUGGUUGAAGGGAUGACGUCAAGCGUCUAACUCAUUAACAUAAUCGAACGAUCAUAGUGUUAGAUGACGUAGAUUAUCAAAACAUAACGUAGAGAUUGACACCGAGAGUUACGUGGUUUCCCCGUUCAGUAUGAACGAGACUAGUCCACGGCCGAAGCUAUCGUAUACUCUUAUUCAGCUUAGCUUCAACAGUCUGGUUACAAGCAUAUAUAUACAAGUCGUAUAACCCUAACCCUAGCUACUAAGCAUAUACGGCCAGCCCUAAGUCCUACGUACAUGCAUGUGGGCUACGGCCCAUGAAUACAUAAACAUAUAUCAC